GCUGUAAGCAGGAGGAGGAGCAGCAGCAGCAGGAGGGACAGCAGGUAGUGACCUCCUCACCACAGCUUGGACUGGAGUAUUCUCCUUCACUCAUCUACUGUUUGUGGACCCUGGACAGAUGGCAUGACGAAGUGUGCUCUGGAAUGUCCUGCUACUGGCUUCCCCAAGCUUUCUUACCUCCCUGGAAACACGUAUUUAUACAACUACUCCGGUAAAACACAAGUUCAGUUGAAGGGUGUUGAAGACGGUAUCACAGAGACCGACUGGUCCUGCAGGGUUGAGCUAACGUGGUUUACCCCCUGUGACAUGGCCAUUUUCAUGAAGAAUCCUGUAAUAGAUGGCGUCCCAGAUGCUGCCAGGUUCCUGGAGAGGAACCCACUCUUGGUGGCGGUGAUCGACGGCAGAGUUCAGCAUGUGUGUAGUCAUCCUGACGACGAGACUUGGUCCAUCAACAUUAAGAAGGGCGUCGCCUCAGCCUUCCAGAACUCACUCCCAUCUUUUUCCGCCAUUUCAGGAAUGAUUAUUACUGAGACAGACGUAGUAGGAAAAUGCCCAACGCGAUAUGAAGUAGAAAGUGAAGGAGAGAAAGUUACUGUGAAGAAGAAGAAGAAUCAUCGGCUCUGCAAGGAACGUUACCCCACCCCUGCUAAGACCCAAGUGCCCUGGCUCAGAGGUCCUUUGCCACUGGCAGUGUCUGAGUCUACGUGCAUACAAGAAAUUAGGAAUGGACUCUACUUCACCAUCACUUGUGAGGAUAUGAACGUGGUCCGACCUAGUUAUGGUAGCUAUAAACAUGUCGAAGCCAAACAGGAGUCUGUCUUCAGAUAUCUCUCAGGAACCAGCGAGCAGUUUGCUACCGAUUUUACAGUACCUCUAGAUAAUAUGGUCCGCAAGAGCCUCUUGUAUGAUCAUGAAUCACUCAAGAAAGACCCGUCCUUAGUAGCCCAGUUGGAUCAUAUUAUGAGCCAGAUUUGUAAGAAAACAAAAGAUGCUGUUGAACGUGAUGUUGCUACUCUGGUGACUAAGGCUGUGCAUCUCCUACGUCGUGUGCCUGAAGAGGCUGUGGAACAAACUUUAAAUAAAAUUAGAAGAGAACAUUUUUGUCAAGGUAAUAGGAAACUCGAGAGCAUCUAUUUAGAUAUUGUUGCAUUCGUUUACGACUCUGGUGGUGUAAGAGUUAUUGUGAAUGAGCUUCUGAAUGGACAAAUUACAGGAUUUCGUGCUGUCCUCUAUGCUGCGGCUCUCUACCUCCAGCCUCGUCCAUGUAUCCAUGCUAUAGAGGCUUUGAUGCCUCUGUUUGAAUCUUCCCAAUCUUCUAACUAUAUUACCUUAGCUGCUGCUUCCAUGGUGAACAAUUAUUGUCGUCACAAUAGUAACUGUCAUGAUGAAGAACCAGUUAGGAGUCUGGCUGAAGCCUUAAGUAAUAAGCUUCACUAUCAGUGUGCUCCCUCUAGCGCAGAUGAGAUUCGGGAGGAAGCAUUAACAACUCUCAAGGCUCUAGGGAACAUGGGUGUGAUGGCACCAAAUGUAGUUAAAUCAAUUUUGAAGUGCUUGAAGACGGAGAACAUCAGUACCAGGAUCCGAGUUGCAGUUGUUCAAGCCUUCAGGCAGGCAAAUUGCAACCAGCCCGUGACCAAGCAGCUCAUGAGUAUAGCAGUUGAUCCCACUGAGACUACUGAAGUUCGUAUUGCAUCUUACAUCGUAGCAAUUUCCUGCGCACUAGAUGAGGAUAUUAAGAACAUUAUUACGAAGAUAUCUAAGGAGAAAAACACUCAAGUUCGUGCAUUUAUCCUGAGUCAUCUGCACAAUAUUCAACAGUCCAAUUCUCCUGAAAAAGAGAAACUGAGAUACUAUUUGUCAAAUAUCGCCAUUCCCAGAAAUUUUAAGACAGACAUCAGAAAAUAUUCUCGCAACAUAGAUCUGUCUUACUUCUCCCAGUCUUUGGGCAUUGGCGCUGGUUUAGAGUCCAACAUCAUCUACGCCCCGGGAUCCUUUAUCCCUCGCUCCAUUGACUUCAACCUCUCUGCUGCCUUAGAAGGAUUCUCAAUGAACAUUGGCGAAGUUGGCGUUCGAUUUGAAGGUUUAGAACCAGUCAUUGAGGAAGUGUUUGGUCCCGAUGGUUACUUACAUAAGGCUUCUAGCGUGAACUUUUUUGAAUAUUUAAUUUCAAUAUUCAAAAAUAAUGAGGGCGUAAACAUGAUGUCCCUGGAUCGCUCUACUGGAAAGAAAAUAUCAACUGAAUUUUCUGCGAUAUCUAACUUUUUAAACAAGAUAUAUGAUGGAGCUAAGAUGAAAGUUCCUAGAGCUGAUAUAUUUGCACGUAUUCUGGGACAAGACAUAUAUUUUGUUUCUUUAACGUCAAACCUUAAAGAUGUUAUAAAACAAUAUGUGGUAAAUGUUCUUCCCUCAUAUCUUGAAGAAUUUAUUAAACAAAUGAUGAACCUUGAGACUGAGUCUGCUCGCACAGCUCAGGUUUCACUAGACUACAUUUUCCCUACCAUCCAAGGUACACCUGUCAAGAUGAAAUUAAAGGGAAUUGGAGUGUUUGGAAUGACUAUAGUGUCUAAACUUAAUUUAUCCGACUUAUUAAACUUCAAAAUUUCUAACAACACAAUGAAGAUCAUUCCAAGCUUAUCUUUGCAAGCAAAGGCUUUUGUUGGAUUUGAUUGUUUUCUUGGAAAACUUGGCCUCGAGAUGAACAGUACAGGUUCAAGCAGCACUGGUGUUUUACUUAAAAUUAGAGAUAAGAACAGUAGAGAGCAGGAGCUUCACUUAGAACUCCCAGAGAAAAUGGAACUAAUUAAUAUAAAGAGUGAGGUAUAUUUAAUAAAAAGUAUCGAAGGUACACCAGACACCAAGGUGACACCAUCCUCAUUGCGAGACAUUAGAGUGACACAUCAGUCAUGUGUUACCAGUCUUGAACCCAUGUUGGGUCUCGAGUUCUGUUAUGAACUGCAAGUACCUGAUAUCUUUCGCAGUAAUGUCCUACCUCUAGGUGCACCGUCUAUUGCCAAGGUGUAUAUUCAGAAGGCUGAAGCUUCCAUAAAAGGAUACCUCAUAAAUACUGUCACUCAAACUAUGAGAGGUAGUAAAAUGUUGACUGCAAAAAUUGAAACAAUAGGGUCCAGGACAUCAAGGAUGGUUGAUGUAACACUCUCUUGCACUAAGCAAGAGCAGACCUACUUAGUCUCUACCACGCUUGAGUCUUCCUCUGUCAGCAGCGGCUUAUGGACCACCAUUACCAACAACGAAGAUCAAACAGACAUCGAAGCUUUUGCAAAAUACAGAUCGAGAGAAACCGAGAUGACCAAGGGGGUGAAAGUACAUUAUAAAACAGUGUCAUCGUUGGCUAAGGAGGAAUAUGAAUUGAAAAUGCAUAUCGGAAGAAACAGGGAUUUUUAUCCUGCAUCACAGAUUCUGGAGGGCAAGUUCAUAAAAAAGUUCAGAGAGCCUGAAAAUUCAUAUGAUAUUUUACUAAGAACGAAGAAUGACUUCAGGAAUUACUUUGAUUUUAAUUUUGAGGUUGGAAUUAAUGUGCUGCACACCUCCUCAUAUGUUCUGCUGCCAACGAAGAUUAAGAAGUUCGAAUUUCACACCGGUGUUGGAGGCUGGCAAGUCACCUCCUACAUGCGCCAUACAAGAGACUCAUUCCUCAUGGCUGAGUAUUCAUCUGCUUUUAAGUUAGUACGAAGACAUGGCGACUUAAUAUCUGUUGAAGCCACCCACUCAAUACGGAGCACUGAUGACCCCAUCAGCACUACGCUUAUUGCCAGAAUUGGUAGUGAUGGAUAUAAAGCUUCUAGUGACUUAUUAUAUGGUGAGUACAAAAUGGGCUUGACUAUGCAGGCUGUGCGCAUCCACGACAACAACAAAAUCCUUCAUUUGGACGUCUUUUUCAGCCUUAUGGAAGAAUACAAAGCCAAACUGGAGUUAGAUAUUCCGGAAUACAUAAGAGCCAUCAAAUUUGAGAGCAAGAUCGAAGUGCUAGGACCAUAUCGUUAUUUGUUCGCGGCUGCGUUCAAGCACGGUACCUCAGUUAUUAUGCAGGUAGAGGGUCCACUACUAGUCUUGAUCACCCAGGCUGUUGUGCACCUCCAAGCUCAUAUUAUGGUUGAUGCUCUCCCCAGUGGACUUGUCAGGAUUUCCACAAUCAUUAUCUCUGCCAGAAAUAAGCAACAAUUUUCCUUCGAAUUAAAGAACCAUCGUGAAUCGCUAUUCGAUAUAGACUUUAAUCUAGGUCUCGAGUCACCUCAAAAGACAUCCAUUGAAUCUAAAUUAUACAUAACGGAAAUAAUUCAACAUAAGCUCGAAAUAGUCAUAAAGAAUAAUAUUGCUUAUUAUAAUAUGAAUACGGUAUUGUUGACAAAUACUUCAUGGGCUCGACGAGUGAAGAGUUUUGUUGACGUUGACAUGGAGCACCAGCGAGUGACUGGUGAGUUAUACUGGGACAGUGAUCGCAACUCGAGCAAGAAGGUGAGCUGCGACGCCACGCUAGUCACAAGCUCCUCCAUUCCCACACAAGCCUCAGUCCAUGGAAGCGUAACCUACAUGGGAUUGACUUACAGUUAUAAGACUGAAGUAAAUGCAGCCAGCCACUGCCCCUUAUUAUGUGGAAUGAACAUCGAGGUAACUACACCAACUCAGGCAAUGUUCAUGGUAAGCGCAAGUAACGAAGUUCAUCGUCAAGCCUCUGACACGAGGAUGAACACCCUCGUUCACUACAAGAGCUUGGAGAAUAAACACUACCACUUGACCAGUAUCUUAGAUUUGAAAGAGCUUGAUAAUCAACACAGUUUUCAGUUUGAGUCUGAGAUACAUUUCAUGUCACCAGAAGAUGAGAACACGACUCUUAAAGCAGAGGUUGAAACACUCAUUACAUCCCAGGAGCAAGCUGCUUUCUUAAAGUUAAGUCUCAGGACGUCAGUAGUGGAGCCGUCUCUGGUUAUUGAUUUUGAAGCGAGAAACAAAGUGGAUUCCUCCAGUGGCAGGUGUAUGGUGGGAGGGAGUCCACCUCUUACCCUCUUCAGCUGGGACAUGUUACUGCACCAGGAAGGCGGAAUUAGAUCUCUGAAUUGUGGAAUUGAUAUGACAGUUGUUAAGGAUGAAGUGAAUCUACUCUUUCAAUUAAUUAAUUCUCAAAGAUCCCCGUACAUAAAUAAGUUCACUAGAAAUGGUACCUACCUCUUGAGUUACCAAGAAGCUACACCAGGAAGCCACUCUCUCCUUCUUCAAUUUCCCUCCCGCACAAUGCAGGCUGAAGCAGAAUACUCUUCUUCGGAGUUCACUCUAAGGUUGUACCCUAAAAAGCAUGAAAGCGAGUCCAAAUAUGAGCUCACGGCCAUAAAGAAUCACUUCAUUAAUGAUACGCAAUACAACUUCACAUAUGAAGGUCGUCUCAAUCAUCCUAGCUUCAGUAAAAACAUGAUAUUUAAUAUUCAGCACAGUGGUGAGCACAACGUUCUUCGGGGCAAGGUUGAGCUGGAUGUAUUCCCCGACCCAGAAAACAUGUUUAUAGCUACUCUCGAGUCAUUCAGACCAUCACCAGACAGUAUGAAGGUCGUGGUUCACUUAACAUCAGCCUUACUGAAGGAGAGUCCCAUGGUCACUAUAAUGGCAGCUUAUGCUUCGCAUACAGUUUGCUUUGAUGUGAAGUUCCAGAAGACUCCCUCGUCGCCAGAAUUAUUCCAAGUUUUGGCUAAAUACGAUAAAAUACCUACCGGAGAUGCAACACUGGCUUUCCGUGUGGUGAGCGAGGAAGUUGCAGUGGUAGAUAUCGCUGGUGUGGCGACGCCAGAUGAUCCUGAGUGUGACGGCUUCAUUGUCAAGGCUGUGACUCACAAUUUUCCACUCGGAAGUUAUGACAUUCACGCCAAACUCUGUAGACCAUUCUUCAUCGAGUUAAUUUCCAGCAAACGAGGCGGCGAGAUUUACCUCCUCAAGGUUGGAAACCAGAAUUGGAAGACCUGGGAAGCGAGCCUAUCUGUGCUUGCAACCGAGGAGUCUGAUGAAACCAGGAUCAUGAUAGGGCGCUUCUUGCUAGCUUCACCCAUGAUGAUAACUGCUGACAUUGGCUUGAAUCCCAAUUACGGCCAAGUAAAGUUAGCAGUGUUCGAGGAGCUGGAUAACGUAUUAAACUGGUGCACACUGUGGGUGAAGAAGCUUUACCAUGACGUUGUAGCAGAUCUCCACGAUGGCAGCACCUCCCCGAGGCACCGUUUACUCGUGCUUGUGCAGGAAACUAAGAAGGAAUUGGUUCUCAUUUACCGUGACCUGGUGAGUGAUGAUCUAGCUCCUGGCACUGACCUGGUGGGUGCGCUGCUGGGUGGUGCCUGGACACAGGCCGUGUGGCAGGCUUACCUGCUGGUGUUCAUGGAGGUGGCCCAGCUGCAGCACUACUGCGAGGCUGUUCUCUCUAAGCUGAUCGACGACAUAUACUCUGAGUGCUACCACGCUAUUCAGUUGACAACACAAGUUUUGGUGAAGGCUGCACGUUGUGUGGAGUCUGGUGAGGUGCCAGAGGCCGUGCAUCACCUAGUGGAACACAUGCAAGAGACUAGCCUCUUCCGGAUGCUCAAAACUGAAGUAGAGACCUUAGUUGAGCGAUACCCGGAGGAGUAUGAUGCCAUUCAGCAGGGGGUGGACAAGGUGAAGCAUACCCUCCAGCAUGAUCUUGACGAAAUUCGCGUAAAAUUCAUCAGCACUGUAACUGUCAGCAAAUACUUAACGUGGAUAAAUAAAUAUCUUGAUUUGGAAGGAGGAAUUACUGAUUUAAGGAACGAAAUUAUUCGAAUCUUUAUCAAAAACCUUUUAAUUAAGGUCAACAUUCAUGAUGGUCAUUUGCAGGCGAAUAUUCCUCUGCCUUAUCCAACAUUUUCAAUCAGUCAAGCAGCAGAAGCAUUGUCAUCAAAUCCCCUGAAAAGUCUUGAUAAAAUAGUGUCAUGGCCAUUCUAUGCCUUUCCUGUAAACAUAAAUAAUUGUAUCUGGGCAUACUACACGUUGCUGCCCCGCCACAAGACAGACUUGCUGCCUCCUUACAACCGCACAGCCAUGGUUGUCAGUGACACAGAGAUUCUUACUUUUGAUGGCGCUCUGCUUCGUGCACCUCGUUCACCGUGCCAGGUUGUCUUGGCUGUAUAUGCCAACAACAAGCUUACCAUGGCCCAUCCACAACCCGCAGCCCCAGCACAUAUCACCUUCUCUACUGGCUCCACUACCGUGUCUAUUAAGCCAGACUUCAGUGUUAACAUCAACGGGCAAGAGAUGAGCAGACAGCGAACAACUGCAGGUGAAGUCACUGUUCACAAGACCUCCCGAGAAGUCAAUAUAAUUUUACCUUUCAUGACAGUCCGAGUAUUCCGCCAAGAACGUGUGGUAUCCGUGGACGUGUCUGGCUGGAUCUUCAGUCACAUUGCAGGUCUUCUAGGGACUUAUGAUGGUGAAAUUGGUAAUGACUGGUUUACACCAUCGGGAACGAAUGCUUCCAGCCUUCAGGAGCUGGUGUCAUCUUGGCAAGAGGACAAGCAGUGCCGAACACCUACCAUCUCUCCCUUCAACUAUAAGAGUAUCACAGUAAGAAAAGUUGUGAAGUGUCAGGCACUUCUGGGAGUUCGCUCCAGAUGCUCCUUUGUGGUUCAUCCAGAAUCCUUCGUUAAAAUGUGCCACGCCGCCCGUCAGCCCUGUGACGUUGCCCAAGCCUACCACAUCAUCUGCUCUAACAAGGGUGUGAAUAGACUGUUUUCAUAUAUUUGCUAGGUUUCGUGCAUUGUUGUACUGAUAUUUGAGGCAUGAAUUAUUAAAAAUAAGCACGUACACAUUCAUAUUCUUGCUUGUUUCAUGUACGAUAUAUAAAAUAAGCAAUGAGAGCAUUGUUGUAUAAUUUGUACUAUAAAAUUAUGAUAUAUUUAAUAAUAUACAUUUUGUUAAUUGAUAACUAGUGUUUAAAUGUUAUUUUUAUUAAUCUUUAAUCAGAGGGAAGGACUAAACCCGUAGGGGUCACAUUAUGCUUGGGAUAUGGGGAACAAUCAGGAUUGAUCCAAGUGUAGGGAUAAGUCCAGUUCCUUGGAUCAAGAGCACAUCACCAGCAUUAAGGCACCUCUGUUUAAAUCUGCUUAUCGUAUAAAGACAAAUUGUUGAAAUAAAUUUUUCGCUUCAGUCCUCCAGGAAUACAAUUCAACAGAUUUCUUGGUCUUAGCAGGGUUAACCUAGUAUAUAUAUUAAUAAUUUUCUACCAGUGGAUAAAUAUAAUUAUAUGCUUAUUUAAUUACUAUAUAAAUUUAUAAUUGUCUGGUAAAAUCAUGUGGAAUAAACGAAUAAAGUCUAUAAUGGAAA